UUGUUUGGAGCGAGACAUCAGAGCAAACGGGAAUAGUUAAUCCUGUACCUUUCAGCUGCAUGGUAAUAACAUUGCUUAGAGUUUAUUAAAGAUUAAGCAACAGUAUUUAGCGUCCGCCAUUAAUUUUUUUAAUUCUAACGGCACAUUGAAAUUGUUCUCGGCCUUGGUCGAUAGCUGACUAGGUUAGAGCCUGGACUUUGCUAAAGCUAACGUUGGUUAGCUGACAUUAAAGGGAAAUAUUUCCACGUCCAGUAAGCCACUGUUGAUCAUAAAUACGUGGUGUCAACCCAUUCGAACACUCUAAGGAGGUUUUUGUAGCGAAGACACGUUUCUCAAACGAGUUUGAUAAUAUACUAAGGCAGCAGAAUGAGAGGUGGGUCGUCGUAUGGAGACAGGGACCGAGACCGAGGACGCGACAGGGGGCCGCGCUUUGGCUCUAGCCGUGGCCGCUCACCUCCAGGGUCAAAGAAAUUCGGCAAUCCAGGUGAACGUCUUCGUAAAAAGAAAUGGGAUUUGGAUGAACUUCCAAAGUUUGAAAAGAAUUUUUACACAGAGAAUCCUGAAGUCCAACGAAUGAGCCAGUAUGAGCUUGAAGAAUUCCGCAGGAAGAAAGAAAUCACUCUAAGAGGCUCGGGCUGCCCCAAACCUGUCAUCAGCUUCCAACAGGCCCAGUUUCCACAGUAUGUAAUGGAUGUCCUGAUGCAGCAGAACUUUAAAGAGCCCACUCCCAUCCAGGCCCAGGGCUUUCCAUUGGCUCUCAGUGGUAGGGACAUGGUGGGCAUUGCUCAGACUGGCUCAGGGAAGACUCUUGCGUAUCUUCUCCCUGCCAUUGUACACAUCAACCACCAGCCUUAUCUGGAACGAGGAGAUGGACCUAUUUGUUUGGUACUGGCCCCAACUCGUGAGUUGGCUCAGCAGGUCCAACAGGUGGCCUAUGAUUAUGGCAAAUCCUCACGCAUCAAGAGCACUUGUGUAUACGGAGGAGCACCCAAGGGCCCACAGAUUCGCGAUCUGGAGAGAGGUGUGGAGAUAUGCAUUGCAACGCCAGGCCGACUAAUUGACUUUUUGGAGGUGGGCAAGACAAACCUGCGUCGCUGUACCUAUCUGGUGCUGGAUGAGGCCGACAGAAUGCUGGACAUGGGUUUCGAGCCCCAGAUCCGCAAGAUUGUUGAUCAGAUAAGGCCUGACAGACAGACCCUCAUGUGGAGUGCCACCUGGCCGAAGGAGGUCCGUCAGCUGGCCGAGGACUUCCUGCGGGACUAUGUUCAGAUCAACGUCGGUGCCCUGGAGCUCAGUGCCAAUCACAACAUCCUGCAGAUUGUUGACGUCUGUAUGGACAGCGAGAAGGACAGCAAAUUGCUUCAACUGAUGGAAGAGAUAAUGGCAGAGAAAGAAAACAAGACCAUCAUCUUUGUGGAGACCAAGAAACGAUGUGACGAUUUGACGCGGCGCAUGAGGCGAGAUGGAUGGCCUGCUAUGUGCAUCCAUGGUGACAAGAGUCAGCCUGAAAGAGACUGGGUGCUCUCAGAGUUUCGCAGUGGAAAAGCCCCCAUUCUCAUUGCGACUGACGUGGCCUCUCGUGGUUUGGAUGUGGAGGAUGUCAAGUUUGUUAUCAACUACGACUAUCCCAACUCGUCCGAAGACUACAUCCACCGCAUCGGGCGCACAGCCCGUAGCACCAACAAAGGCACGGCCUACACCUUCUUCACACCUGGCAAUCUGCGCCAGGCCCGGGAGCUGGUGCGCGUGCUGGAGGAGGCCCGGCAGGCCAUCAACCCCAAACUCCUCCAGCUGGUGGACUCUGGGCGUGGGAGCGGUGGAGGAGGUGGGCGAUCUCGUUUCCGUGGCAGCGGCUCCAACUCCAACAACCCUAACCUGAUGUACCAGGAGGAGUGUGACCGCCGCAUGCGCUCGGUGGGUGGUGGUGGCGGCAGCAAGGACAGCCGUGGGAAUGGCAGUUCAAGCGGCGGAUUCGGUCGUGACGGGAGACGUGAUGGAGGUGACCGCUCCUCCUCUUCCUCCUCGUCCUACCGCGACCGCAGUGGCAGGGAUGGGCGCGGCAGCGACAGCUACAGCUCCGGCUCCAACUCUUACAGCGGCAGCAGCAGCCAGUACAGCAGUUACGGUAGCAGCAGUGGCAGCAGCCAGUACAACUCCAGGGGAGGUGCUCCAUCAGGGGGCAGCUCGACCAGUGGAGGUGCAGUGCCCGAUCAGUCGGGCCAGUCCCAGGGUCAGUUUGGGAACAUUGGGGCCAGAUCGAGCAACCCCCCGCCACCUGUCACCGGGCCACAGCCCCUCAUGGCCCAGCAGUUCUCUCCCACUCAGCCAAUGAUGGGCCUCAUGGGUCAGGGUGGACCCUACCAGUUUGCACCGCCGCCACCCCCACCCCCAUCAAGGAAGUAAUGAUGUUUAGAGUUUACUUGGAGUGAGGCGUUCAGUUAAGCUGUGAUUAUUGGGGUGUGCAGCGGUUAGAAUGUGUUGACAUUCCACAAGUCCCUGUUUUGCAUCUCUCCCCUACCUUGAAAUGUGUCUGAGAGCCCACAGUGCAGAACCGUGAAGUAGAUAACAGUGUUCCAGAGGAGAUAGCAGUGCGUCUCUCCGAGUCGUACAUUCUUGUUUUUCCGAGCCUAAUAUUACAGUACAGAGACACAGAUUCCCACCAUCCUGAUCAUGAUUUAUGCAGCUCUGCAGAUUACACUCAGAGCUUUUCUCUUAAUGCAGUGACGCUGUUGACAAAAGGAGAGGUUGUGUAUAAAUAUACAUUUAUUUAGAAAAGUGGUGAAAUGACGUUAGUGAGCAGACAUCAGCUGUAUUUUUUAUCUUUUGUAUUUUGGCUGUAUUUUUGUUUUGUUUGGUCAGAUUUUGUCUAGUGAUGCUAUUUCCCCUUUUUUGGCUGUACUGUUGGAUAAAAGUGGUUUGAAAUCUUUGAACUGAAUACGGUUAUUAUGUUGUCCUUUAAGAAUGUACCAAUGUAGGUGAUAUACAUGGUUAUGUCUUAUUGUUUCAUAGAGUCAGUUCUUUUGUUGUUUAGUUGACUCUAAAUUGGAUGAUGGUGAGACAUGAAUAUUGAAUCAGAAUGACUUGAUUGCUAGGGAUAAUUUCAAGAUUAAUAUUUGGCCUGUAACAUGUAAGUACUAAUACAAAAUUCAUGAUUUUUGUUUUCCAUCUUGACCAAAACAAUAAGCUUCAAUACUUGUUUUCAUUGAGAUUCUGUUCAGUGCCAGGCAUUUUUUCAGCGUUCCCUCAGACAGUAAGGAUAUACUGCAGUUUUUUAAAGUUGAUCUCUCUUUUUCAGUUAAAUAUCAUAACAAGAACAAAUUUGUAACCAACUUUGACUAUGUUCUUAAAUUUUGUAUCUUGAGUUAGCCUAUAGAAGCUAUGUGUCUACGUUUUUCAAAUUUAAAUAAAGAUUUCCAUCAAGCUU